CGGGAUGAACAGCGGCGGCGGCUUCGGUUUGGCUUUAGGCUUCGGCCUUACCCCUACGGCGGUGAUUCAGGUGACCAAUCUGUCAUCGGCGGUGACCAGCGAGCAGAUGAGGACGCUUUUUUCCUUCCUAGGAGAAAUCGAGGAGCUGCGGCUUUACCCCCCAGACAACGCUCCUCUUGCUUUUUCUUCCAAAGUAUGUUAUGUUAAGUUUCGUGACCCAUCAAGUGUUGGCGUGGCCCAGCAUCUAACUAACACGGUUUUUAUUGACAGAGCUCUGAUAGUUGUACCCUGUGCAGAAGGUAAAAUUCCAGAGGAAUCCAAAGCCCUCUCUUUAUUGGCUCCUGCUCCAACCAUGACAAGUUUAAUGCCUGGUGCAGGCUUGCUUCCCAUACCGACCCCAAAUCCCUUGACUACAUUGGGUGUUUCCCUUAGCAGUUUGGGAGCUAUACCAGCAGCAGCACUAGACCCCAACAUUGCAACGCUUGGAGAGAUACCACAGCCACCACUUAUGGGAAAUGUGGAUCCUUCCAAAAUUGAUGAAAUUAGGAGAACAGUCUAUGUUGGCAAUUUGAAUUCCCAGACAACAACAGCUGAUCAACUACUUGAAUUUUUUAAACAAGUUGGAGAAGUGAGGUUUGUGCGGAUGGCAGAUGAUGAGACUCAGCCAACUCGGUUUGCUUUUGUGGAAUUUGCAGACCAAAAUUCUGUACCAAGGGCCCUUGCUUUUAAUGGAGUUAUGUUUGGAGACAGGCCACUGAAAAUUAAUCACUCCAACAAUGCAAUAGUAAAACCCCCUGAGAUGACACCUCAGGCUGCAGCUAAGGAGUUAGAAGAAGUAAUGAAGCGAGUACGAGAGGCUCAGUCCUUUAUCUCAGCAGCCAUUGAACCAGAGUCUGGAAAGAGCAAUGAAAGAAAAGGCGGUCGAUCUCGUUCCCAUACUCAUUCAAAAUCCAGGUCUAGCUCAAAAUCCCAUUCUAGACGAAAAAGAUCGCAGUCAAAACACAGGAGUAGAUCCCAUAAUAGGUCACGUUCAAGACAAAAAGACAGACGUAGAUCUAAGAGCCCACAUAAAAAACGCUCUAAAUCAAGGGAGAGACGGAAAUCAAGGAGUCGUUCACGUUCACGGGACAAGAGAAAAGACACCCGAGAAAAGAUCAAGGAAAAGGAAAGAGUGAAAGAAAAAGAUAGAGAAAAGGAAAGGGAAAAAGAGAGAGAGAGGGAGAAGGAACGUGAAAAAGAAAAGGAACGGGGUAAAAACAAAGACCGGGAUAAAGAACGGGAAAAGGACCGGGAUAAAGACAAGGAAAAGGACAGAGAGAGAGAGCGGGAAAAAGAACAUGACAAGGAGCGAGACAAGGACAAGGAACAGGACAAAGAAAAGGAACGAGACAAGGACAGAUCCAAAGAGAUAGAUGACAAAAGAAAGAAGGAUAAAAAAUCCAGAACACCACCCAGAAGUUACAAUGCAUCAAGAAGAUCUCGUAGUUCCAGCAGGGAAAGGCGUAGGAGGAGGAGCAGAAGUUCUUCCAGAUCACCAAGAACAUCAAAAACUAUAAAAAGGAAAUCUUCUAGAUCUCCAUCUCCUAGGAGCAGAAAUAAGAAGGAUAAAAAGAGAGAAAAAGAAAGGGACCAUAUUAGUGAAAGAAGAGAGAGAGAACGAUCAAGCUCUACAAGAAAGAGCUCUAAUGACCGAGAUGGAAAGGAAAAGUUGGAGAAGAACAAUACUUCACUUAAAGAGAAGGAACACAAUAAAGAACCAGAAUCAAGCGUGGGCAAAGAAGUAGAUGACAAGGAUGCACCAAGGACCGAGGAAAACAAAGUACAGCAAAAUGGAAAUUGUCAGCCAAAUGAGGAAAACCUCUCUACCAAAACAGAAGCAGUAUAGGACCGACAAAUGCACCUCUAAACACACGCUGGAAUAAAAUCCAAAGCUUUUAAAUCUCUCAACAAGAUGUUAAACAGUGAAGAAAUCCAGUUGAGCAUAAAGAUACAAACUAACAGCUUUUCUAGUUGUUAGGUGACUGUGUGGCCAUCUUGUUCCAGAGUAAGAAAAUAAAGCAUGGACAUCGUGAAAAUGACAGGUGUUACCCAAACUCCUCAUCUUCUAGAAUCUGUGCAUUUCCAUGGUGGCUGACACACUUGUCAUGUGGUUUGUUAGUGUUUGUCAAGAACCAUUACAAAUAAAUGGGACAUUAAAAUCCAAAUUUGUACUAUCCUUAAAGACUGGAGAUAAGCAUUGGAGGCUCUUUUUAAAAACGGUAGUUGCUGAAUUUUGUAUUGUUUUACUUUUUUUUUAAUUUCGAUAUAUACAGAUUUGAUGAUGUGCUUGAAAUCGGUGGAAAUAUAUAUACAUCCUUGUAAGUGCAGAGUAUGUAAGAAGUUUUAACAUUUACUUCACAGGAUUUACGGUGAUUGUGUUAAAUUCUCACUAUUGUGUUUUCUUUUGCUCACUGUUUAGGACAACAGGUUUUUUUUUGUUAAAAUAGUUUUACAAACUAAAGUUGCUUAAAUAAGUGGAUUAACAAACAACUGACAAUGCAUGCUCCUGUUCUCUCUCAAAAGGAAGAGCACCCGUGUUGAAUA